UUAUACAAAGCCAUGAAUGAUAGUACUAAGCAAUCAUGCUGAUAGUGGUACCACCAUUUUCAUGUUGGUAUUCUUUGGUUAUUUUGGGCAACUAUGGGCAUUUUAGUAAACUGCUAAAACUUACCAGGUCUUGCCUGCAUAGAGUAAAAACUACUACAACCUCUCUCUCUCUCUCUCUCUCUCUCUCUCUCUCUGUGCUUCACCUUCACGAGCUCACGUUCCAUUAAUCCAUACUGAACAAAGACAAAAGCUCAUAGGAUUUUUUUAGAUACCUCACUUUACCCUAACACCCCUCUGUCUCUCUCUCUUUUACUCGUGAUAUUAUCUUCAUAUAUGUAAAUCAAAUCCAACCAUUAGAUACCCAGUUAUGAAUCCAAUUUGUUCUUUUCUUUAUCUCGAGGAAAAUCCUCAACCAUAUAUAUAAAAAUAUAUAUUGUUCUUUUCUUUGGGUGUGUAUGCUUUAUUCUGUAUUUUCCUCUGUUUUUCAUGGCUGCUGCUACUACUGAUACUCAAAUCUUUCAAAACCUUGAGAAUAACAAUGAAAACAGCAACAAUGAUGUUAGGAGACAAGAGAUACAAGCUGCCAUUGCCAAAGCAGUUGAGCUUAGAGCUCUCCAUGCUGCUCUCAUGCACGGAAACAGCCCUGCCAAUCGCAAAUUUCGAUCUUCCUCCCCUGUUUCACUCCCUGUUUCUCAGUUUUCUGCUCAAGAUUACCCUGUUUUCACUCCUAGUUAUGAGGACGAGCCAUUACCCGGGCUUGAGUCGCUGCCAAAAUCAAGAACAUUAUCAGAAAGUUGGGAUGAGUAUGGGCUAGGAGGGAAUGGAAUGGCCAGUUUGGAAUCUCACAUUUGUCCGGCUGAAGAUCAAAAAUCCGUCACUGGUUCUUCUGCAAAAAAUAUUACUGUGCUUCACGCAUCACCCCGAGCAGAAUUCUACAAGAGUAGGAGAAAUAGCUUGGCAGACUUCAAAUCUGUAUCUUCUUGCAAUAGGGGCAAACCAGCCCCUAUUACCUCUGAGUCUGAAAAUGUAACUAGGAACAGCAGGAAUUCUAACAUCGUUGUACCAUGGACAGAUUCUCAUUCACCUGCUCAACCACACCCGAGAAAUAAAGGAAUGAUUUCAUGGUUGUUCCCAAAGUUAAAGAAGAAGCAGAAGAAUGAGAGUUCAUCGAAUAGAGCAGAAUCUGAGGAAGUUUCCCAGAAUUUCAAGGACUUGGGCAUAUUGUCAAUUGAAACAUUGAAGAGAGAGUUGACAGAAGCGAAUGAGAAUCGAGAUGCAGCGUUAAUGGAGGUUGCUGAAAUGAAGUCUUCAUUGGGAGAACUAAAGCAGAAGAUCGAGUACUUGGAGAGUUACUGUGAAAAGCUGAAGAGAGCCUUAAGGCAAGCUACACUGGCAAAAGGUUCACAAGUAAUGGAAAAACUAGGAAACUUCCCCAGGAGAGGGAAACCCAAUGAUGGAAACGGAGAAAACUCAAUGCCGGUAAGCGAAGAGGUAAUGGUGGAGGGCUUUUUGCAGAUUGUAUCAGAAGCAAGAUUGUCAGUGAAACAAUUCUGCAAGACCCUAGUAGGGCAGAUUGGAGAAACAGACGGUACUCUUAUGGACAACUUGAACUUGCUUCUUCAGCCAUAUAAAUUGUCUCUCAAUUCAAGGUACUCCAAGGCAGUACUGUAUCAUUUGGAAGCAAUCAUUAACCAAUCUCUCUACCAAGAUUUUGAGAAUCGUGUAUUCCAAAAGAAUGGUUCACCAUUGCAUUUAGAUCCUCAACAAGAUCGCCAAGCGCAGUUUGCAUCAUUUGUUGCAUUGAGGAACCUAAGCUGGAAUGAAGUUUCAAGGAAGGGGACUAAAUAUUACAGUGAGGAGUUUAGCAAAUUUUGUGAUCAAAAGAUGGGUUGCAUUAUUACAACAUUGAAUUGGACAAGACCAUGGCCUGAACAGCUUCUCCAAGCCUUCUUUGUCGCUGCUAAAUGCAUAUGGUUGCUUCAUUUGCUUGCUUUUUCAUUCAAUCCACCCCUGGGAAUUUUAAGGGUUGAAGAGAAUAGGAGCUUCGAUCCACAUUACAUGGAGGAUAUGUUCAUGGAUAGGCAAAGAUCACAUGGUCCAAGCCGGGUUAAAAUCAUGGUGAUGCCAGGGUUUUAUGUUCAGGAUAGGGUUUUAAUGUGUAAGGUUCUUUGUAGGUACAAGUCUGCUGCUUAAUUCAAGUAAUUUAGAAGUUUUUCUUCUUACUUGGUGGGAUUUUGAAAGGGAAGUCUAUAAGGGUGUAUUUAAUAAAAAGUUGAAAUGGGUUUGCUGAAAGUUGUAAUACUAACAAAGCAGGGUAGGCAUUGGGUUGAGGAUUAAGUGAAGUUUUGGAAGGCUUUAAGUGAUAUAAUUGGUUUUCUUUAACCAUAAUUAUUGUACUAUCUUAUCUAUUAUCAAAGUGUGAGACCAUGACAUAUCAAUUGUAAUGGCACUAUUGGCAAUUGCCAUUCCACAUAUACACCAUCGUUUCUAUAUAUGGAAAAUUUUUUAUUUA